GUUUUUUGUUUGUGAUUUUUUUUUUGCUCUGAUAUAAUAGAAAAUAAAGUUUAAACACGAAAAAAAGGACUUUGUUUCCCCAUCAUUCAGCUGAUCAUCAUCAUCAACAUCGAACAUCAACCACCAAGAUCUUCAGCCGCAAAUUUGUGUGAUGUGUGUGAGUAGUUUUCCAAGAAAUUUCCAAUUCCAUUUUACCAUCGAACAGCCGUGACAAGACGAUAACAUGAACAUUCAAUGAAUCAAAAUAGAAUUUGAUCAUCAUCAAAUUGGACAAUCACAAAGUGUUUUUUUUUUUGUUGGAAACAAAAGUGAUAUUUUCUCGCUACGAUCUGUGAUUGUUUUUUUUGUGUGUGUUUGUUUCAUAAUCUAUCAAAUUUUUAAUUAUUUUGUGUGUGUGUGUUUGAAGAAAAUUGAACAACAUGAUUGACAAUAGCAACAACAAUGCCAUGAUGGCAUUAACAGACAGUAGUAGUCAUCAAAUUGAUGAUAAUCAUAAUGAUCAUUAUAAUCAUCAAAUUAGAUUUAAUCAUCAUCAUCGUCGUCAACAAUUUGGUAGUGUUGAUGAUGAUGAUGAUGAUGAUGGUAAAAAUACAUCGAAUCCUAUUCAAACGAGAAAAAGACAUCAGAUUAUCGAUGAUUAUGAUGAUAAUUCAAGAUUAAUGGAUGAAAACAAAUCUUCUUCUUCGUCUUCUUCAUUAUCGACAUCUUUUUCCACCACAACAUCAUCAUUACUAUCGAUAGAUAGAUUAUCGUCGAUAAAUACCAGUCAAUAUUAUAAUAAAAAUCAUCAUUCAAAUAAUAACGAUAGUAGCCAUUAUUAUUGUUGUCAACGGUUACAUUGUUCAUCAUCAUCAUCACCAUUAUCAUCAUUAUCAUCAUCAUCAUCGUCUUUAUAUUCGAUGACAAAUAUUACAAAGCCAACAAUCAUCGUUUUAGCCAUAUUUUGUCUAAUUUCAUCACCAUUAUCUUUAUCAUCAUCAUCAUCAUCUUCAUUGUUAUCAGUUGCCCAAGCACAACGACAAAAUUUACCCGAUCUUUCGGAAACGCCAACAUCACCUAUACGUGUAAAUGUUGGCGAUGAUAUCGAUAUUGAUUGUGUGAUUAAAAAUCGUAACAAUUUAACCGUAUUAUGGAAAUAUUUAAAUGGUACAUCAGAAUUAUUAUUAGCAGCAAAUCAGGUUAUUGUUAGCGAUGAUAAACGUUUAUCUGUUAUACAUCAAGAAAAACAGGAACGUUGGAUUUUACAGAUACGUUUUGCACGUGUACAAGAUACCGGUGUUUAUAAAUGUGAAGUAAAUUCUAUACCAAAAGUACAUGAAACACGUAUGGUUAUGGUUAGUGUACGUAAAACAUAUAUGGAUACUAUUCGAAAUUUGGAUCAUUAUAAUAAUCAUACUGAUUCAACAUCAUCAUCCAUACAAUCACCACCAUCGACUCGUGGAUCAUAUGUACCAGAUGAAUAUCGACCUUCAACAACGCCUGCAUUACCUCCCGGUUCAAUCGCAUAUAAUUCAUCAAGUUCAUUUGUUGAUCGUUCAUUCUAUGAAUGUUGUCAAACUGAAGGUGUUCCUAUUCUAUGUCGACCAUUAUGUAGUCUACAAGCAAUGAUUAGUGAUCAAACUAAACCAUUUAUGUAUACAUUAUGUUAUAAUUAUAUGGCACAUAUAUUCCGUUGUAUAUCGGAUGGCCGAAAUCAUCUUCCCUGUUGUCAAAGGCAACAAGUACCACAACUUUGUCAACCAUCAUGUAGUGGUCGAUAUUCAUUGGAAAAAGCAUUAGAUCAUGCUAUUUGUCAUGAACAUUCAAAAACAAUUUUGUUUUGCAUUGCUGAUGGUCUUCAAGUAUUACCAGAACAGCCACAAGAAAUACAAGUGGAAACAAUUAAUUCAACUUUUAUUUUAUUAAAAUGGACAAAUCGUGAUAAUAGUUUAGCACAACAAUAUAAAAUAAUUUACCGUGAAUUACAUUCAUUUGAUGAAAAUUGGUCAAAAAUAAAUCAUACAAUAAUAAUUGAUGAACCGGAACAAACAAUUAUUGUACAGGCAACAGAAACGGAAGCAUCAAUUGGGCCAUUAAAACGUAGUACAAUGUAUGAAAUUCGAAUGAUUGCUUUAAAUAAUUAUGGUGAAAGUUUACCCACCAAUGAUUUACGUGUGGUAACACAUUCAUUGGAUAUAAAAAAAUCCGAAUCAAUUAAACCGAUUGAAAAUGAUAAUGAAUCAAAUGAUAAUAAUAAUAAUAAUGGUACUGAUGCACCAAGUUUAAGACGUUGUUGUUCGCAACAAGGUGUACGUAAUGAAGCCUGUUUAAAACAAUUAUGUGAACCAUUUAUUAUUGAACCUGUUGAUGUUGAAGAAAGUAUAAUGUGUAUGAAAUAUAUGAAUACAUCAUAUCGUUGUAUUGAAGAGAUUCGUGAUAAUACUGAUUAUGAACAAUGCUGUGAAGAAGAAGGUGUUAACGGUUUUUGUAAACAUUUCUGUUCCGGACAAACAUCAUUGAUGUAUGAUUUUCAAUCACAAUUUCAAUGUCUACCAUAUAUGUCAUCAUUGAUAAGCUGUGUACUUGAACGUAAAGGUUUCGUUACAACCGAACCACAAUCAGUUUCAGUAUCAAGUGUACAUAAUGAUUGGGCAUUAAUUCGUUGGAAACCGCCGAAAAAACGUGUCGAAACAAUAAUAAAAUAUCAGGUUCAUUAUCGAGAACUAUCUGAAGAUGCUGAUGAUUUUUAUUUUGUUGAAACGGCUGAUAAAUCUCCAUUUUUAAUCGAUAAACUUCGACCAUCAACUAGAUAUGAAGUUUUUGUUACGGCUGUCAAUAAACAUGGUGUUAGCCGUGGUUCAUCUCGUGUAUUAUUCAAUACAACAUCACCUGAAAUUGAUCCGAUUGCUGAUCAAUUAGAUCAAACGGAUACAAGUUUAGGAUAUAAUGAAACAUUAUGUUGUGAAAAAGCAGCUGUACAAAAUACUUGUUUACCCUUAUGUAAUUAUCAUCUUAAAAUGCGUGAUCUAUUCAAAUUAAGUCUAUUCUGUGCUGAACCGAAAACGGCUCGAACAAUAUUGCGAUGUUUAGCUGGUGGUCGUGAUCAUCGACCAUGUUGUGAACGUCGUGGUAUCGACAGUGAUUGUUUUGAUCUAUGUAACGGAAUGAUUACUUUCACGUCGAGAGAUGUCGCCGCCAAAUGUUCCAAAUAUGAUGGCAAAAUAUUUCAAUGUAUGGCCGAAGGAGCUGAUACAUUGCCCGGUAUGCCACAAGAAUUACAUGCAAGUAAUGUAACGUCAACAUCAAUUAGCGUUGCCUGGAAUAAAUCAUUAGAUGAAUUACCGGUGAAUGAUCAGGUUACUUAUCAGAUACGUUAUUCACCAUUAUCACCAAAUCAAACAAUACCACCACAUCCAUUUGAUGAUAAAUAUUCAACAAAAUUGAAUGUAACCAAUACACGUUUUACAUUGACAAAUCUGAAACCAAAUACAACAUAUAGUAUUUAUGUUGUAUCAGCAAAUCAAUAUGGACAAUCGGCACCAAGUCAAGUAUUAGUUGUACGUACUAAUCCAGUAGAUGUACCAAUCAGUACGAACGUGACACAUGCAACUAUUGGUCCGCCACAUGGUUUGGAAUUGAUUCGUAAAUCGAUCACAGCUUUAGUUUUUCGUUGGUCUGAACCACAUUAUUCAUCACCGGACGUGACCUAUUCUUAUGAUAUUUUCUUUCAAAAAGUCAAAAAUCUUAAUGCUGGUAAUCUAACAUGGAUAGUAUUGCAUAGCAAUACAAAUAUAAUCGUCAUACAGAAUCUAACACGUAAUACACAGUAUGCAAUAUCGGUACGUGCACGAUCAUCCAAUGGUCAAGUAUCACCAUUAUCAGAAACAUUAUUGGCAUGGACCGAUCCAUCAUUACCAUUGGAAAUUAGUCAACCAUUUGUACAUCCAUUCCCGAUAAUUGAAGGUUCAAUGGUAACAAUUCGUUGCGAAUCAAUCGGUUAUCCGAUUCCAAAUAUGACUGUUUUUAUAAAUGGCCUAAAAGUUAAAACAGAAAAAACACGUAUCAUACAUCAUUCUAUUGAUUAUGUUGAACGUAAUCUUUCGGCAAUCGCUUGUCAAGCUGUGAAUGAAGAAAGUCGUCAUCCAGUACAAAGUUUUCGUGAAGUUAAUGUUCAUUUUGCACCGACCAUUACGUUAUAUAAAGAAUCGAAAAUUGUUCCACGUUAUAGUAUGGCCGUAUUGGAAUGUGAAUUUUCGGGCUAUCCAAAACCAAAAAUUCGUUUCCUCAAAGAUAAUUUAUUGAUUAGUCGGUUCAAUAAUUCGAGAAUUUUUCCACAUUUAAAGAAAACGAAAACAUGGGUAGGCACUUUUGUCAUUGCUAAUGUGGAUAAAGAAAAUCAAGGAAAUUAUGAUUGUAUUGCCCGUAAUGAUUAUGGUGAAGAGAAAAAGACAUUAAAAUUAUUGGUCGAUGAUCAGGAACAUGUUGCCAAAAAUUAUACAGAAUGUUGUGAGAAGAAAAAUAUUCCAAGCGAAUGUAUGUUUGUAUGCCAUAAAAAAGAGAUCAAUCUAUUCGAUGUGUAUAAGAAUCAAAAAUGUCUUGAACAUCUGAAUAAAUAUAUUUACUGUGCUGCGGAUGGAAGCGAUCAUCGUCGUUGUUGUAUGUUUCGUGAGGUAGCUACCGAAUGUCUACAUUGGUGUGCUGGUUAUAAAAUACAAAAAAUGGAUUAUUGUUUAGUUAGUUCGGCCCGUGAUAUAAUGAGUUGUUUCCGUGAGGGUAAUCGUUUCUUACCGUCGCCACCAAAAAAUGUACAUGUACAUUCAAUUUAUUCAAAUAAUCAUGUAUUAAUCGAAUGGGAAGAUUCGGAAAAGAAUCGUGAUUCAACACAUUGGUAUUGGGUUUAUUGGAAAAAAGUUGGCACCAAUGAAAUGGAUCGUGAUCGGGUGGAGAAAAAUUUCUUUGAACUUACAUCAUUAGAACCAGAUUCUACAUAUGAGUUUGUAAUCAAAACAAACAAUUAUCAUGGAACUAGCAUACCAUCCGAACCAUUGGUCAUUAAUCUAUCAAGAUUACAGGCCGAAUAUCUUACAUCGGAUAGUCAAAUAUUAACGAAUGUUAUGUUUACACUGUUAUUCUUUUUGUUGAUAAUUGCUGCAAUUGCAUUGGUUUAUUAUGGAUCAAGUAAAGAACAUUUUCUAUCAAAAUUUCGUUCAUCCAAUUCAUCAUCAUUAUUUGGUGGUGUUCGUCGAACAACAAAUAAUGGCAGUAAUAUUGGUGUAUCAUUUGAAAAUCAUGCUUAUAAUCUUGAAGAUACGAUACAGAUGCAAGAAGCUACUGGUACAAAUAGGCCACCAACACAAAAUGGAAAUCAUAAUAAUAAUCAUCAUCAAUCCAAUAAUAAUGGUACAAAUAAUAUCGUAGAACCUGUCAAUUUAUUCGGAUCAUCUGAUCAGAAUAAUAAUCCUAGCAAUAAUAAUGGUCAACCUCGUGUACAGAUACGUUUGAAUUGAAAAUGAGAAAACAAAACAAUUUAUCAUCUUAUCUUUUAUACGAAAAAAAAACGGAUCGAAUUUUCCAGU